UUGGUUUGGCUCAAGGUUGUUUCGAUCAAACUAUUCCCUAUUUGCAACAAAGAGAACAAUUCGGAUCGAGACUUAUUGAUUUUCAGGUGAGAUUUUGCACAAAAAAGUGGUUUUGGCACGAAAAUUCCACGUUUUUUGAGCCAAAAAUCAAUAUUUUCUAGGGAAUGCAACAUCAAAUCGCGCAAGUCGGAACCGAAAUCGAAGCCGCCCGUCUUUUUGGUCUACAACGCCGCCCGAAUGAAGGAAAAUGGUAUUAAUUUUGUGAAAGAAGCGGCGAUGGCGAAAUUGUAUGCUUCACAGGUGGGAAAAUCACGACUUUUCACCCCAAAAACAAAAAAAACACAUAUUCUAGGUGGCCACCACGACAACUUCACGAUGUGUCGAAUGGUUGGGUGGAGUGGGAUUCACCAAAGAGUUUCCCGUCGAGAAGUUUUAUCGCGACGCGAAAAUCGGAACAAUCUACGAGGGAACAUCCAAUAUUCAAUUGAAUACCAUCGCAAAAUUAAUCGAUAAUGAGUACAAACACAAGAAUGUUUAA